AUGAAAACUGGUGCUUCCAACAGCGCUGACGACAACGAGAUCCACUGGGGCUGUUUCCUACAGGAAAGAGGAAGAGAGGGCGACCUAGAAACACCUGGCGCCGAGAUCUGGACGCAGAUGUCAAGCAGAUGGGAAAGACGUGGGGGCAGCUGGAGAGACUCGCCCAGAACCGAGAUGCCUGGAGGAAGCUGGUUGGCGGCCUAUGUCCCAAACGGGACCACAGGCGAAGAUGAGAUGAGAUGA